AUGGGCCUACUGGCCCUCAGCCUUUCCAGCCAAGCGACGCAGAUAUUCAGUAACACCGGAACAACCUCCGGUUGGGACUCCACCAACCAAGAACAUGAAGGUACUGUGCAGCAAGUCACCAACGUGGUCUACCAAGGAUCAACAGCCUUGAAGAUGACCCAGAUCUACGACUCCAGCUACACGGGACGAUAUCACUCCGAGGUAGUGAAAAACGACGUCUACAAACGGGGUGACACUGGCUUCUACGGGUUCGCCUUCCGUCUUCAAGAGAGCUGGCAAUUUUCGCCCGCCCAGUCAUAUAACAUCGCCCAAUUCAUAGCCGAUUUCUCUGACACCGGGUGCGACGAUUACAUGCCUUCCAGCAUGGUCUGGCUUCUUGGAGACCAGCUUUAUUCCCGUGUGAAGCAGGGAACGAUCUGUGCACAGAAGAUCCAGACAUUUUCCAACCUCGCUACCGUCUCUGCAGGAGUGUGGCACAAGGUUGAGAUCCAGGCGAGCUGGCAGACAGAUGGGACUGGGUACUAUAAGUUGUGGUUCGAUGGGACGAAGGUUUUGGAGGAGUAUAAUAUUGAUACGACGAUUGAGGAUGAUCGGGAGUUCCAGUUCCGUGUUGGUCUGUAUGCUAACGGGUGGCACGAUGAUGGUGAGCUGAAGGGGACGCAGGGAACCCGGCAAGUUUGGUAUGAUGAGAUUGCCGCUGGAUCGACUUUUGCAGAUGCCGAUCCUGAUCAGUGGUAA